CAUCGCGUCCGCUUGUCCGUCCGUCAGACCGGCCGCGCGCGCGCUCCCGUCCACCGGCCUUAUUAUUUUACUCUUAUUUAUUUUUCUCGUUCGUUUUCUCCCGAACGACCGACAGGAGUCGACUGCCAAAAAUAGUAUUCUUCGGCGACCGAACGCGCACGACAAUCGUAAGUGGUGUGUACGCGAUAACGGCCGACUAUAGGUCCGGCGUGUACGCGUAGGUAUAUCCGUCAACGUUUUAUUAUCGGCGUAACGACCAGAUGUCUCGAUAACACGCGUCAUAAUCGUCGUGAUUUUUCGAGCACCUCCAGUGACGGCCGGAACCACUACCGUCGUCCACAGUCCAAUUUGCCCGCGAUAACAACUUGUAGACCGCCGACGGAAGACGACCAGCAGCAGAGACCGGACUUCGAUUAUGGUCGUCAUUUUUAAACAAGAAUACGAAAAUCAAAGCAUGAGCAAUGACUAUAGUUACUCACGUGGAAGACCUCCUGCAGAAUCUAUUUCUCGAAUUGCAGAUUGGGACAUUAACGAUUCGAUUAUUCCAAGGGUGAGUAACUUCAACUUGUGGGAAGAAUGGGCUGACGGUCAUUGUCGCUUGGUAUACCCCCCUAAUUGUGAAGAAGCUAAGAGACACGCUUCUGGAUGGGCAAUGAGAAACACCAACAAUCACAAUGUGCACAUAUUAAAGAAAUCGUGUUUGGGUGUUCUGUUAUGCUCAAGAAGAUGUAUACUUCCUUCGGGAGACACUGUUCACCUAAGACCAGCUAUAUGUGACAAGGCUCGAAAAAAGCAGCAAGGUAAACCUUGCCCAAAUAGACAGUGUCAUGGUCACUUAGAAAUAAUGCCCUGUAGAGGACACUGUGGUUAUCCUGUUACACAUUUCUGGAGGCAUACAGAGUAUGCAAUAUUUUUUCAAGCCAAAGGUGUUCAUGAUCACUUAAGACCUGAAGCCAAGUCUACUUCAGAAGCACGAAGAAGCUUUGGUACCAGCCGCAAGAUUCGAAACUUCGGCAUGAUCCUAUCUCGUGAUGUUCCUUUCAAUAAUAAAGUAUUAAGUUUAAAAAAUCAAAAACAGAAAGCUGCUAUUAAUAAUGGAAAUCGCAAACAGUAUUUAAGUACGCAACUAUCUCAAGAGUUAAUUUCAGAGAACCGAAGUAUAAACUCUUCCGGUUGCUCGUGUCUUCCUUAUUAUUGCGUUUGCAAUAACAGUCGCCUGGCACCUGUACCAGAACCCGCGACAGCCAUCCUCCAGCAUCAGCAAGCCGCCGCUUAUCCGUCUCAACAGCACCACCACCACCACCAUCAUCAUCAUCGUCAUCACCAUACCAACAACAACAACAACAACAUCCUCAUCAACAACAACAACAAUAGCAGCAGCAGCAGUAGCAGUGAUGACGAUCUACACCACCACCAUCAGGAAUGGGCGACUUCGUCGGGGCUGCAGAACUAUCACGUCCUAGAACAGCUCCAGUCCGAACAGCCGCCGUCGUCGUCCUCGUCAUCGGCGCUUGGUCAGAACAUGUCCGCCGUGGACUUUGGGUUCGUGACCGGCCCGCAACCCGCGUCGGCGGUUUACUGUCAACCAAUGCUGCCGACGUCCACCUCCAACGACGACGACAUGUACCAGCUGCAGCAGUUGGACCAGCGGACUACAUCCGGACAGGAUACGGUCGCCGUCGCUUCUUCCGGUUACCACAAGUGUUCGCCGACGACGGUAUUGGACUUGGGCAGCGGCACCAUCCACAAGAGCCCCGGGCAGUGCGGCGACAACGGCGACGUCGGUUGGCAGCACUACCAGUCGGCCGAUUACCAUCACCCGGCGAUCGCCGCGGCGGUGCAGCAGCACCACCACCACGACGAUCACCACCACCAUCAGCAGCAGCAGCAGCAGCAGCAGCAGUGCUAUCAAGUAAUGCAACAGAGUUGUGGUGACGGCGUCGGCUAUCACUCCGGGCAGCAGCAACAUCAGCAACAACAACAGUUGCAUUACACCGCAGUCAUCAAGACCGAGGACGGACCCGAUGCGUUGGAUUUGAUGUACCCGAUGGCACAGGACGUGGACUACUACGCACAGCUGCCGUCCUCGUCGGCCGACGCUGCGUGCCUCAAAGGCAACGCCGUAGGCGGCGGCAUGCACAGUGACGGGUCUUCUUCCGUCGUGGACUUUAUCGGCGCGGACGGCGGCGGCGGGUCGAUGCCGCCGGCCGACGUCUCCGCUUCGCACGUGGUCGAUUAUAUGGUUCUCGAUCCCGCCAAACUGUUGUUGGCCAACAACAAUUUUUACAUGGACUCCGCUUACUGCGGCGGCGUUGAUGGCGGUGUCGAGGCCAACAACGACGAUGACGACGACCAUCACCACCAUCACCACCACCACCACCACCACAACGUUCCCUCCGCCGCCGCCGUCGCGUUCAACGACUUCCAGUUGAAUGCUACCGAUAUCCAUUCCUGGUCUCAGGCCAUCAAUCAAUGAAUGUGUGGACCAGCGGUCGUCGGUCACCACUUCGAAAUUGUGUAUUAUAUAAAUACUAUGUAUGUGGUGAUCCGUGUCCGGCUGGGAAACUCGUGUGAAGGAAUUUUAUAUUUUAAAUUUCCGCCGCACUUCGUGUGUGUGUAUUUGCUAAGCCUGUAUGCAAUAU